AUGGCUGAUACAUACCCCAGGUCGAAACGUAUCACGGCGCAACUACCAAUGAAUCUACUCACGGGUAUGAUGGACCGAUUCAUGUAUCAAAAGGAACGCACCAGGCGCCUCGAGCUGAAAGAGGCUGGAUUGAUGGGGCCAUCGAAGCAGGUUGGUCAGAGUGGCGAGUAUCCUAAUCUGCAUGUGCUCGUAGAGACUCAAGUCCUCCGUAUCCUGUUUGAGGGAGAAGAGCACCGCGCCGCUGGGGUGGAAAUCCGACCCAACCCAGCAUUCGAGAAGGAUGCUCGGAAUAAUAGCACCACGACGGUCAAGGCGAGAAAGCUAGUGGUUGCUUCCGUGGGAUCCUUUGGAACUCCCUUGCUUCUUGAAAGAUCCGGUGUUGGUGAUCCUGCAGUGUUGGAAAAGGCGGGCAUACCGAUUGUCGAAAGUCUCGAUGGGGUAGGCAAUGACUUUCAAGAUCAUCACUUUGUCGGGUACGUCUACCGCACAAACCUCGACCAGAAUGAAACCAUCAACGGAAUAGCCCGAAAUGACAGAGGGCGAGACGUGGAUGCGAUGAUUGCCGCCGACGACAAGCAACUUGGAUGGAACGGCCACGAUGCCUCUAGCAAGUUCAGACCGUCUCCUACUGAUAUUGCAGCUUUGGGACCGGAAUUUCAAGCUGCUUGGGACAGGGACUUCAAAGACUCGCCCAACCGUCCUCUAAUGAUCAUGGGACUCUUCAACGCCUACUUCGGCGACCCUGCUGCUCUUCCUGAUGGUGCCGAAUAUGUUACCACCGCACCCUGGGUAACAUACCCAUACGCGAGGGGACACGUCCAUGUCACUGGGCCAAGUAUCGACGAUCAGUACGACUUUACCACUGGCUGGCUACUUGACGAGAACGACAUUGACCUGAAGAGCCAUAUCUGGGGGUACAAGACACAGCGAGCCAUUGCUCGUCGGAUGGAAAUCUUCAGAGGCGAGCUUGCAUUAGGGCACCCUAAGUUCGCCAAUACAUCGAGCGCCGCUGUUAUUCAGGUGACUGAAGGGCCGAUCACUGAUUCGAUUGAGUACUCUGUCGAAGACGACGCUGCAAUCGUCCAGUACAUCCGUGAAAACAUUGGGACCUCGAGGCAUCCUCUUGGUACCUGCAAGAUGGCGCCCCGAGAGAACCGAGGAGUUGUUGACCCCCUAUUGAAUGUCUAUGGUGUAUCCGGGUUGAAGAUUGCGGAUCUCAGCGUGCCAGCUCAGCAAGUUGCUGCUAAUACGUAUAAUGCUGCACUGCUUGUGGGAGAGAAGGCUGCAGAGAUCAUCAUCAGAGACUUGGGGCUUUGA